AUGGUACGGAUCCAUUGGUCUGGCCUCCUUGUGAGCUUUUGCUCUCUACUUUCCCUGAGUGAAGCAGAAUCUUGUUGGCGGAAUACAACAUGUUCGGGCCCAACCACCAGCGCAUUCAGCGGUGUAUGGGAUAAGAACAUCUACGCACCAACAUCACGAACUGUUCGACCAGCGUCAACUCUCUCCGAAUUGAAAACAAACGCCAUCACCUACUCUGCCAAGCCUGCGACAGCCUCCCUGCACGGGAAUGGAUCCCUCGUGGUCUUUGACUUUGGCAAGGAAGUAGGCGGUAUUGUUCAUCUGGACUAUACUUCCACGGGCAGUGGAGCGCUUGGUCUUGCCUUCAGCGAAGCCAAGAACUGGAUCGGAGAAUGGUCCGAUUCUUCCAACAGUCUCUGGCAUGAUGGCGCCUUAUACGCUAAUUUCUCGUCCUCGGGAACACACACUUACGAUAUGCCCGACCAAUUCCUCCGCGGAGGUUUCCGAUAUCUGACUAUCUUCCUUGUCACUGAUAAUUCUACGAAUGUGGAUUUGAAGGAUAUCAGUGUCGAGCUUGAUUUCCAGCCUACAUGGUCCAAUCUUCGCGCUUACCAAGGAUACUUCCAUUGCAGUGAUGAACUGCUGAACCGAAUCUGGUACAGUGGGGCUUAUACAUUGCAAACCAAUGAGGUUCCCGUGAAUACUGGGCGUAUCACCAGUGGACUCAAGUCUGGAUGGUUGAACAAUGGGACUCUCGGACCCGGUGAUACUAUCAUUGUCGAUGGUGCCAAGCGAGACCGUGCGGUUUGGCCCGGUGAUAUGGGUAUUGCGGUGCCAUCGGCAUUUGUCAGUUUGGGAGAUUUGGAUAGCGUGAAGAACGCAUUGCAGAUUAUGUACAACACGCAGGCUUCUACUGGUGCCUUUGCUGAAUCGGGACCUCCACUCAGUCAAACGGGCUCAGAUACCUACCACAUGUGGUCUAUGAUUGGCACUUACAACUAUGUUCUGUACACCAACGACACCGAGUUCCUGCAGCAAAACUGGAACGGUUACCUUGCGGCCAUGAACUACAUCUAUGGCAAGGUGACAUACUCUAGCGGUCUAUUGGAUGUCACCGGUAUCCGCGACUGGGCCCGCUGGCAGCAAGGAUAUAACAACACGGAAGCCCAGAUGAUUCUCUAUCGCACUCUCCAAACCGGAUCAUCUCUGGCCACAUGGGUCGGUGACACCACCAAUCUCUCCAGUACCUGGACCUCGCGAGCCGCAGCCCUCAAAACUGCCAUCAACACCUACUGCUGGGAUGAAUCCUACGGUGCUUUCAAGGACAACGCCACCGAUACCACCCUCCACCCCCAAGACGCCAACAGCAUGGCAAUCCUCUUCGGCGUCGUUGACUCUGACCGUGCCGCCGGUAUUUCAGAAAAGCUUCUCAAGAACUGGACCCCCAUUGGCGCCGUCGCACCCGAGUUACCAGAAAACAUCGCCUCAUUCAUUUCCUCCUUUGAAAUCCAAAGUCACUUCGAGGUCCAGAGGCCCGACCGCGCUCUGGAUCUCAUCCGCCGCAGUUGGGGCUGGUAUAUCAACAACCCCAACGGUACGGAGAGUACCGUCAUCGAAGGGUAUCUUCAGAACGGAACAUUCGGAUACAGAGGUAGCCGUGGGUAUUACUACGAUACAUCGUAUGUCUCCCACGCACACGGCUGGUCUUCCGGUCCUACUUCCGCAUUGACGAACUAUAUCGUCGGCCUUACUGUGACUUCACGACUGGGUGAGACGUGGAGCAUUGCGCCGCAGUUUGGGGAUCUGACGCAUGCCGAGGCUGGAUUUACUACUUCGCUUGGUAAGUUCCAAGCUUCUUGGGUGAAGAAUGGCAAUGGGUAUACGUUGAAGUUCUCAGUUCCGAAGGGUACGAGUGGUAGUCUGACGUUGCCGUCGCUCCGUCAAGAUGGCUGUCCGCAACACCGCCCUGGCUUCUUCUCGUUCCAAGAGCCGCAAGGCUUACUUCCAGCCCCCUCCUCGGAGCGCCGCGUUCUCAUGAGCGCCCCUCUGUCCGCUGAGCUGCGGGCUAAGUACGGUGUCCGCUCCAUCCCCAUCCGCAAGGACGACGAGGUCACCAUCGUCAACGGCUCCAACAAGGGCCGUGAGGGCCGCAUCACCACCGUCUACCGUCUCAAGUUCUGCGUCCACGUCGAGCGUGUCGUCCGCGACAAGAGCAACGGCCAAUCCGUCCCCAUCCCCAUCCACCCCUCCAACGUCGUUAUCAGCAAGCUCAAGCUCGACAAGGAUCGUGAGGAGAUCCUCGCCCGCAAGGCUAAGGGUCGUGAGGCUCGCAAGAACAAGUCGGCUUAA